AUGGCCGCGGAAGGCCUGGCGGGGGCGCUGACCGCUGUGCUGGGGGGCCAGGGGCUGCGCGUGCAGAGCUGUGACUCGGGGCCGGCCGGGGAGCCGCCGGCGCCGGCGCGUCUGCGGCAGGACGUCUGCUACGUGGUGCUGGCCGUGUUCCUCAACGAGCAGGAUGAGGUGCUGCUGAUCCAGGAGGCCAAGAAGGAGUGCCGGGGGUCAUGGUACCUACCUGCGGGGAGAAUGGAGCCUGGGGAGACCAUCGUUAAGGCCCUGCAGCGCGAGGUCAAGGAGGAGGCUGGGCUGCACUGUGAGCCCCUGACCUUGCUGUCUGUGGAGGAGCGGGGUCCCUCCUGGAUCCGCUUUGUGUUCCUGGCUCGCCCCACAGGUGGAACUCUCAAGACUUUCAAGGAGGCAGAUGCAGAGUCCCUGCAGGCCGGCUGGUACCCGAGGACCUCUCUGCCCACUCCACUGCGAGCCCAUGACAUUCUGCACCUGGUAGAGCUCGCCGCUCAGUACAAGCAGCAAGCCAGGCACCCCCUCAUUCUGCCCCAAGAGCUUCCCUGCAGCCUGGUCUGCCAGCGGCUCGUGGCCACCUUCACCAGUGUUCAAACGGUGUGGGUGUUAGUGAGUACAGCGGGAGGGCCUCACCUGCCCAUCACUGCUUGUGGCUUCACCCCCACGGAGCAGAGGGGUGGCAUUAAAAUGGCUGUCCUGCGGCUGCUGCAGGAGUGUCUGACCCUGCACCACUUGACUGUGGAGACCAAGGGGUUGCUUGGACUGCAGCACCUGGGCAGAGACCAAACAGAUGGUAUCUGCCUGAAUGUGCUGGUGACAGUGGCUUUUCGGAACCCAGGUACCCAAAAUGAGCCCCCAAAAGUUCAGGGCGAGAACUUCUUUUGGUGGAAAGUUAUGGAGGAAGACCUACAAAUCCAACUCCUGCAGAGGCUUCAGGAAUCCUCUGUGGUCCCCAUUAACAGAUAGGAAGCUGCCAUCAGUGGGCACGAAACUGGGUGUCUGUGCUCCCCUCACAGCAUGGGAGGCAGGAGGUGGGCAGUCGGGGAUCUUGCUGUGCUGGGAGCAGGGUGGUUCCCCUGUUCUCAAGGGCCUUCCAUCUCUCCUUGCAUGGAGCAGGUCCCUCUUGCGCUAAAAGGGACAGUGCCUUUGACCAAGCAAGGAGUCCAGAGCUCAAGGACCCAGUCGCCCUGACUUCGCAAUGAGGCUCUGCUCCCUAAGGGGUUGUGAGGACUGAGAUGGCGUCUACUCAUCACUUUCCUUGCCCACCUCGGUGUCGGCGACUCUGGUUCCUGAGGCACUGAAAACAUGGGAAGGGCGCUGGGGGAGCAUAUCCUUGCUGAGUAAAUAGGUCUUGCUUACCUAACUUCCUGCCUAAUGUCUGUGUGGGGAGGAAGUGAGCCGGAAGUGUGGACUGCUGUCUAGGAGCACUGUUCCCCAGCUCCCACCAGCACCUGCCCAGGCCCUCCCAGGUAGUAACUGACAUCUCAGGGACAGCCUGUGGGGAGCCAGAAGGCUGGCUCCCUGCUGUCCACCACAGCCUGCCGGCCCUCCAGGGCUCUCCUUAUCUCGCCUGCCAGGUGGGAGUUGUGCGAACAGGGGAGAAGCUUCAGUGGGCGAGGAGCUAUAAAGCUCUAAAUGCUGCCUCUGCCUUUUCACAGCUCAGCCCAAGCCAGAGCCAAAUCUUUUCUCCUUCCCCUUUAGUCCAGCUGAAUCAUGGUAGGGAUUACUUUUUAAAGAGGACUUUACUAAAAUGUGAGGGGAAACCAAAGAAAGUAGACCAUGUUUCAUGCGCUACUCACUGCAUCUACCGUACAGAAAACACCCACGUGGCUCAGCUUCUGAGGGAACACGGACACUCUGCAGAAGCAGGAUAACCUUUCAGCUGCCAUGUCUUUCUAGCCUCCGGGACCAUCGUAGGGGUCAUCUCGUCCCCUCUGAGGACUAACAUCUUCCAAAUGAUGGAAGCAGACCUCUCGCUUCGGUUCAUUUUUCUCAGUGUCUGAGGGAUGACGAGUCCCUCCCUACGCUCAAGGGUAAUGGUCUCUGCUCCCGUGAGUUAGCCUGCUAGUCUUCAACCCCGGGUGCCUAUUAGAAUCACCUGGAGCGCUUUCAAAACUCAGGGACCACCCCAGAGAUUCUGAUUUAACUUGUGGAGGGUGGGCCCUGGGGCACUGUUAUUUUAGAAAGCAACCCAAGUGAUUCUGACAUCACCGAGUUGAGAGCCGCUGAUCAGCUGUCUCCAGCCCUGCCCUGGAAUGUUUUUGGUGACCCCCCUCAAAGGUGCAACACACACACUUAGGGACAAGUUUUUUUUAAAAUACCAGGCCCACCGUUUACCACUAAAGAAGUGACACAACCCCUAACAGGAACACUUAAAAAAGGAGACUUGCAUACAGAUGCUUCCAGAUGGCCCAGCCCCCUGCGGUAUCAGGGGCAGCUGGCGCUCGGGCGUAGGUAGCUGAACAGUAGAGCUGCUUGGCCAAGAGGGAGGCUGCUGCCUGGCAGGCGCAGAGGAACAUCAGGUGUGCACUGCAGAGCCCUCCUCCCUACCCUCCCUCACCUCGCCCACUUAGCUCCAGAGCUGGAAAAGGAAUCUGUCUUCCUAGGGGAGGAAGACUGGUCCGAAUUAGCAGCGAAGCCCUGGGCAGAAGGACGCAAAGGGUGGAGAAGAAGAGGGCGGCUGUGUCCACGCAACCACACCAUUUAUUGCCAAGCUGUCUGGGAGGACGCCGCGCGAGUGCCAAGUACGUCGAGGAGGGCAAUGUCCAAUUCCUGGGCUUGUGGACAUUUUCUGAAUCGAAGAGUCUAGGCCCAGCUCAUCCACUGAGUUCUGCUCCCCAGCCCCCCACCCACACCCAGUGGGCGCGCACACACAUGCCCCGUGUCUCUCAGAGCUGCAGUUCAGUCCUCCCCAACUUGAGGAAUGCAGGAGAGGUAGAGGUUAUUGAGUUUCCUCCUCUUUCAUGUCACCUCUUGGCAACCUGCGGCCAGCUUCUAGAAGCGGCAUGGGCAGGAAAAGGAAGCACAAGGGGCUCUGGCCUGCUCCUCCUUGCCCAGGAGCGAAGCCAGCCGCUGCAGUCCUGCUGUGAGGUAAUGCCUGGCGCUGCCUCUGUGUUCCUGCAGGUCGAGACAGAUUCGGGCCGGGCGGGGUGGCAGCCCCAGCCACAGAGGGCAUGCAGGGAGAACAUCACGACUGGCUGCCCGUACUGCCACCCCUUCCACCAGGCUUGGGGUCUGUAGUCAGGUGGGCAUCCUGGCCUCAUCUCUACUCUGAGUUCCCUGCUCCCCUACAAGAGUAUCUCACUUCGCCAAGAGCAAGGUCUCGCCUCCCUCUUGCUGUCUCCAAGCCCCUCUGCCCAGGUGUUGUGGACCUGCUGAGACGGGUUCAGAGGCGCCAGGGAGAAACCAGCUGGAGUUGGAGCCUGGCACCCAGCCCCCCAGCUCCCCAGGCCCUCUCCCGCCCUGGCUACAGUUGCAUCAAGGCUCUCAUUAGCAGCUGCCCCCGCCUGGGCGCGGAACAUGCUUUGGGCAUUUGCCAUGAGGCAGUUGGAAAUUUUGCAACAGUCUCCAGGAGGGCUGAGCAGGAAGAGGGGGCUUUCCCUGCUGUCUACAGCCCCUUCCCAUGGUUAAGCCUGGAAGGCGGGAGGAAAAAAAUGUCAAGUCUCCGCAGCAUCUAUUGUACCUAGUGUGACAUGACAGGGCUCCCUUGUCCCCAUCCUUGGGUGAAUGGUCAUGACCAACGUCAGGCUAUCCAAUCACUCCCCCGUGUGCCUAGAACUGAGUCACAAGUCUUGGCCCCAGCAACAAAUGGCCACUGGAGAAGGGUGCUAGACACAGAACAUGUGCGGGGCUGGGUCCCAGUGCUCACCUGGCUGUUACCCAGCUUCCCCAAGGAGGUCCCGAGGACGCCAAGCUGCCUGGGAGGCCGCCUCUUGCUCCUUGGCAUCUGGUACCUCAGAGUCCCACUCCCUAAAACCAAGUCUAGUGUGGUCAACAGGCCAAGGUUGUCUUGAGCUAACCUGGGAGCUGAAGCCCAGGCUUCCACGGAGGCACACCCUGGGGUGUAAAGGACAUGGAGCCAAGCCCCCGCCCCAGGAGGAGAAUGAUGGUGGCAGAGCUGGGCGGGAGGAGGUGUGGACAAAAGUCUCCCCUCCCAUCAUGCUCCUGGCUCAGAUAUGCCCUUCUGGGAGCGGGGAGAGGCUCAGGUGAGGACCGUGUGGGGGGAACUUCACGAAAGCAAUGGCAGCCAGCUCCUUGCAGAACUCCUCGAGUACUACCACGCCCUGGAGGAGAGUCUGGUGGUCCAGCCUGAGGGAGACGGCAGGGGGAUCAUGGUGGGAGGUGGCAGGAGUGUGCCCGGUUUGACAUCCUGAGGGCAAUCCCAGGAGACACAACCCAGCAGCAGGCCCUCCUCAGCCCCCGUGCCCUAAAGUACCCUUCUUCCCAGUCCGGGGCCCUCCCUUGGGCACCCACUUUCCUCAGCUACUUACUGCUCCCCAGGAACCUGCCCCAUCAGCUGCUUGCGCACCAGGAGUAGUUUGCCUGGGAACUGGGGUACCCUCUGAAUUCUCUGCAUCAAGUCCCCAAUCACCUAGAGUAGGAACAAGGAGGACUGAGGCGUGGACAAGGGUCUCCGCUGCAGGGUCCCUGCGCUCCCACGCCAUGUGACUGUGCUUUUCCCUGGUGCUGGAAGGGUGCCCCGGCUUGCCCACCUCCCUGCCCCUCCCCACUGCUGGCACACUCCUGGGGCCCAGGUAUCCUCACCCUGACCAGCACAGAGAACAGGCUCCUACAGCCAGGGGCCAGGCUGAUGUAGGGAUCCAGGAGGUACUCGUGGAUAUGCGGGUGGGGGAAGAGGGCUAGCCGGGACAGGACUGAGGUCACUUGCAGGUUCAGGCUGUAUGGCUGUAGGGAACACAGUGGACAAGCCAAGGGUUGGCAGGGGAUGGUGAGCAUUUUUGCACUCCCCCAGCAAGGCGCCUGGCCAGUGUGAACGUGUGCGGGGGUGGGAGAC